AUGUCUGAUCUCAAUGUCAAGGGCCUCCUGCCAGGCGAGGCGGAUGAUACCUCAUCCAAGCUCGCCUCCAUCUUCCAGACGGCACUCUCCAAUAACUCCUCUUCGGAAGCCUCCUCUUCAAUUGACAGCUUGUACGAGGCCGCCGCUGCGUCUGACAAGGGUGCCGAGGACUUCCUUUGGACGCUGUGGUCACUGUACAUCCAAGUAGGCAAGAUUGUCUCCGCGGACGAUCCGCGCCAGGACACCCUCGUGCAGAUUGUCAAAGAACUGGCUGCGAAAAGAGACGACGAGGUGACCAUGUGGAAUCAAAAGACCAGGGUCUGGACCGAGCUGCCCAUGCUGGCCCCCUGCAUGAGAGACGCAUGGAACGAGUCACCGAGGUACAACGAGACCAAAGAGGACAAUGAAACCGUCACGGCGUGGAUCAAUGUGAAUGCCUUCGCCGCGCGCCUCCUGGCCACCCACCUCGUCACCUGGGACAACUUUGCUCUCUGGGCUCUCCGUUCUGCCCUUGAGCGGGAGCCUCAGAAUGACAGGGAGCGUGAUGCCUCGCUUCUCAUCGCGCACGCGUGGGUGGCCUACGCCGGGAAGGAUCUGAAGGACAGGGUGAACAGCACCCGAGAGCUGGACGAGGAGGAGAAGCGCAUGUUCAAGGCCGGACAGCUUUUUGAGGCCGGCGAACCCGGUUUGACACAGAAGAGGUGGGACUUUUGGCGGCAGCGCAUCGAGACGUUGUCUGGUGCUGCGGACAGCGACGUCAAGAGCAAAACGGACAAGACCGUCGAGACUAUGAAGACUCUGUGAGAUGGGAUAGUAAUCGAUGAUGGAACACCAAAUGAUGCAUUCUUGGUCAUGUCAACGCCUCGCUUCCCAUUGCCUGCCAAACCCAAUCGUUCGUUCAUUCUCACUCAUGACACGUUACGAAUACAGCAUAUCUGGAUUCUCAUCCUCCUCAUCAUCCUCAACGAUGACCUGUUUCCUCUUGCCGAGUUGCUCUCUGCACAUGGGACAGGUGCCUUUGCUCCUGAGCCAGGGGCCCACGCACUCGAGAUCGUAGCGAUGCUUGCCCGCACAGGGUAGUUGCACCACCAGGGGAUACUCGUCCUCGAGGUAUGGAAUCUUGCAGAUGGCACAGUCGUCUUCUGGCUUGAGCCGUCGUUUCGUC